AUGAAUAUUUUUACAAGUACAGUAAAAUAUUUAAAUGAGUAUUUGUAUUGUUCAAUUAAUUUUGUUGGAGAGAGUCAUGAAGUUUUAAUACCAUAUAAACAAAGAAAUAAUUCAUUACCAGGAGAUGAAGUAUCAGUUGCAAUACAACCAAUUAAAUAUUGGAAAAUAGAAGGAGGUGAUGAAGAUAGUUUAGAAAUAGAAUAUAGUCAAUUAUUUUUUAAAGAAAAGAAAUAUAAUAAUAUGGUAGAAUUAAAUUAUAAUGAAAUCAAUAGUUUAAGUGAAUUAAUUGAGUUAAUUUUAAAUAGAAAAGAAUAUAAUGGACAUAAACUUCAACCAACAUGUGAAGUAAUAUAUAUUGAAAGAUAUGAAAAAUAUAAAGAUAUUACAGGAUAUAUUGAAUAUGGAGUAUUUUGGCCAGAUGAUAAUGGAUUGUGUUCAUUAAAAUGUAAUCAAGAAAUUGAAGGGUGUCAUGUUAUUGGAGACAUUGAUAGAGAAGAAAAUAUAUUUAUUUUUAAAAGAAUUAUUAAAAGUGGUAAUUGUUAUGAUUUUUCUGAAAAAAUUCAAUCACUAAAACAAAACAAUUUUCAACAACUAAUUUAUUAUGAUGAAAUAAAAAUUUCUCAAAGAGUUUUACAAAAAAUAAAUCAAUUAAUUAAAGAACAACAAUACAAUGAUUAUUCAUCAUUAAUGACAAUUACUAUUGAUAGUACUAAUACACAAAUGUGGGAUGAUGCAAUUCAUAUAGAAAUGGUAGAUAAAAAUAUUGUUAAUUUAGGAAUUCAUUGUGCAAAUUAUAUUAUUGAAAUGCAACCAUCAUCAAAAGAACUUAAACAAAUUGAAAGAAAGUUAUUUCAAAGAGAAAGACAAAAAAUUGUAUCAAAAACAAAAGUAAAUAAAUAUGUUUUUGAUACAAAUAAAAAUUGUAAAGCAUUUUCUAUUAUUUUAAGAUAUAAUUUAAAUACACAUGAAGUUGAAAGUAUUUAUGGUGGAACAACUUAUAUUACAAUAAAAGCUCAUUUUACUUUUGAUUCAUUUACUAAAUCUAUUAUUUAUAAUACAUUAAUGGAUGAAAGAAUAAGUAACACAGUAAAUCAAGACUAUUUAUUUUCAAAUAUGAUUUAUUUAAGUGAUUUUGUUAAAAAUAAUUUUCAUUAUCAUGAACAUAAAGGAAAUGGAAUUGGAGAAACAAUUAUUAAACAAUAUGGUCGUUUUUUCUCAGAAAAAAUAGGAGAAUUAUUACAUGAAAAAUAUGGUAAUUUAGCUAUUGUUAAAAGAGAUAAAAAUGUUUUUAUUGCAUCAUUUAGAAGUCCAUUAAGAAAAGCAAAAGAUGUUUUUGUUAUUAGACAAAUUUAUUCUGCAAUUUUAAACUUAUCAAAAGAAGAAAUGAUAUAUUAUGUAUGUGGUGGUAAUGAAAAGAAAUUUAAAACAAUAUUUCAAUUAUGA